GCCAUCGCUGGUCCUGGAUUUUCGAUUUAUUCGCUCGUAUAGUCAUUCACCAUGAGUCAUGGAAUCCCCCGCUACAGCGCCAAAGAAGAGCGGUCCGAGGAAGCAUACCAGCAGGAACUUCGGAAAAUUGAGAGUUACCAGGAACUCGAUCAAUUAGUUCGCGCCAAGAUUGCAGAGCGUCAGUAUACACCUGAAACGCUAGAGAAAAUAUCCGAAUUACUGGGCAGAAACCCGGAGUACUACACCGUGUGGAACUAUCGACGCCAGGUUCUGCGCCAUGAGUUCUCACGAGCACUGUCAGAUGACUCGGAAGAUUCUCCGGCGGCCGAUCAGAUUACUGCCUGGAUGAAAAAAGAUUUGCAGUUCUUGAUUCCGCUUUUACGCAGCUUUCCUAAGUGCUAUUGGAUCUGGAACUACCGGCUAUGGCUGCUUGACGAAGCAAAGCGCCUGCUUCCGCUCCCUGUCGCCCGCAGGAUAUGGGAAGAGGAGCUUGCGCUCGCCGGGAAAAUGCUGAGUUUGGAUAGCCGAAACUUCCAUGGUUGGGGUUACCGGCACUUCGUCGUGCAAACGUUAGAGCACCUGACGUCAAAAGAGACGGGCAAAGAUAGCAUGGCGCAGACGGAAUUCGAGUAUGCAAAGAAGAUGGUGGGCGCAAAUCUGUCAAAUUUCUCUGCAUGGCAUUAUCGCACGAAGCUCAUCCAACGGCUCUUGGACGAGCAAUCCGCCAGCGACGAGGAACGAAGAAAGAUACUAGACGAAGAGCUUGCACUGAUCCAUCGCGCCCUUUGUGACCCGUACGACCAGUCACUCUGGUUUUACCACCAAAAUCUGAUGUGCACUUUCGACCCUGCAGUCGCGGGGCAGACGAUGGCCCCCCAUCUGAGUGAUUCCGAGCGGCUGGAGUAUCUCCGACGAGAGAUGGACGAGGUCGAAGAGAUGCUGGACGGCGCCGAGGACUGCAAGUACAUUUACCAGGCGCUGAUCGACUGUACGGUGUUGGCGUCAAAGGUGGAAGGCAGCAUGAGCAGCGAUGACCGACAGAAAGUCCGGGGCUGGGUCUCCGAACUGAAGCAGCUGGACCCGCUGCGACAGGGACGAUGGCUAGAUUUCGAACGAUCGCUGUGCAGCUGAGGGUCAUCCCUUACCUCGAUGCAUGUAGGAUGUAGGCAAUGAUGAGCUGGGUCUACGCCAUCUACUUAUAGAAAUCCACGCCGACGACGGUGAUGCGCAUGACGAAGAGUCUGAUGAAUAAUUGCCUUUCAAUAGUUAGACCCGCCCAGCGAGUCCGUGUGUGUCCAGGGAUCUGCUGCAGGAAUGAGGGAAGGGGGAAUUCGGAAGUGUUUCAGAACAACAAGUGGCCACAGCGCCGAACAAUUGGCAUUUGGACGGAGGAUCCCUGGGACGAGAAAAAUCGGCAGAAAGAACGAAAGAUCAGGAACGCUCCACUGCGCUGAGUAGAC